UAAAAUGUCAUAAUAAUAUUUAAACAAAAAAUUUUGUAAAAAAAUAUAUUUUUUGGAAAAAUUUAUAAAUUUUAGUUAACAUUUAUAAAACCUAAUUCUUUCUUAUAAUGGCCGAUGAAGCUGACGAAAAGGCAAGUGGAGAUACAGUUUCAAUAGCUAAACCUGAUGUGGUCGAGUCCGAACCUAUUAAGACUCCAGAUGUAGAACUUGUGAUUGACGGCUUCGGUUUCAUGCCUCAAGACUAUGAUACUCUAUCCAGAACCAAAAGAUCUUCUAUAUUCAAAAAGUUAUCUAAAGUAGCGAAAGAAGGAAAUCCUAGUGAGCCAGAACACAGCCCGUGCGCCUCUAGUUCAAACAUCGAUAUAGUCAGAAGGUAUACCUGGAAGACGAAAAACAGAAUGACAGUUCAGGUGAUAACCUAUGGCGCUACAAUCACCUCCAUUCAAGUUCCUGACAAGAAAGGUGUACCAGACGACGUGAUAGCUGGAUUUGAUACCUUAGAAGAAUACUUUCAACCAAGAAAUCCAUAUUUUGGCGCAACUAUAGGACGAUACGCGAACUUUAUCCGUGACGGAAGUGUGUUAGUGAAGCCUUCUGGUAGAGUGUAUAUGCUUAGCACCAAUCAUGGUCACAAUCAUUAUAAUGGAGGAUAUAUUGGCUUUGACAAGGUAAAUUGGCAUUCCUACGUAAAAGGAAAUACAGUUAUCAUGAGCCACGUGUCUGAGCGAUUCCAUGAAGGAUAUCCAGGCACAUUAAUGGCACAAGUAUCGUUCGAAGUAACCUGUGACAAUAGUCUCAAAAUAGAAAUGAAAUGUACCACGAGUGAUCCUACUAUUGUUAAUUUAAGUAACGCUCCUUAUUUCAAUCUUGCUGGCCAUCAUUGUGGUCCUGAAGUUAUGUACGAUCACAUCUUCACAGUGAAUGCUGACAAGUACACAGCUGUGGACGAUGAUGGACUAGUUACAGGACAGAAGAAUAUUGUUGGAGGAACAGCGUACGAUUUCAGAGUGCCAAGAGUAUUGAGGACAAUGAUACCAAAAAUACCUAUGGGAGGUUAUGAUAUUAAUUAUUGCAUCACGCAAGGAACGGAACAAGACCUAACUUUCCAUGCUCGAUGUCUUCAUCCUUUGACCGGGAGGGUUCUAGAGGUGUACAGCAACCAACCUGGUAUGCAGUUCUAUACGGGCAACCUUCUCCCAGAUCCAGAUAAAAUUAUUGAGGAGCCCGUCGGUGAUGAAGAAGAAAAGACUGAGUCUGAGAGUGGAAGCGAUAGUGAGUCUAGCAGCGACGAAUCUAGUGCGAAAGGCGAAGAGGCGAAUGAAGAAGAAAGCGAGGGCAAGAAAAGCUACGGUUAUGUGCCGUUAAUGGGAAAGAAUGGGACGUAUUAUAGAAAACAUGGCCUUUUUUGUGUCAUGCCUCAAAAUUAUCCAGAUGCCGUUAAUCAUAAAAACUUCCCAAACUCUGUGUUGAAUCCAGGCGAAGUAUAUGUUCAUAAAAUACAAUACAAAUUUGGUAUUCUACUCGGGAAAUAUGUCUAAACAAUAUUGCUUCAUAACAUUUGUAUUGAUAAAAAUUGUACAAUGUCGGAAUACUUAAAAAAUGUUUAUAAGUAACGUUUAAAUCAAAAUGUAUAAUGUAAUAAAUACAUAUUUUUAUACAUAAGUUUCUGAACUUAUUUUAUAUUGCAAUUUUUUUAUAUACAGGUGAGUUGCAAUAAUAAAAAUUAAAUAAUAUAAAAUUUUAUGCAACGACGGCCUUACUUAUGAUGAUGUCGUCCAGGCCAGAUUAAAGAAGAAGAAGAUAUGUACGACAGUUAAAAACAAUAGAGUUUCUGAUAGGUACAGCGUUGGUGUAUUUAUAUCCAGGGUAAAUGGGUUUCUUCUGGGCAAACGUGCUACAUCCUAGACCGUGACGAUGCUUAAGAUCUGGCAAAUCAACGGUCAAACGCUUGCCUAUUAACUAUGAAAAAAACUGGCGUAGGAUCGAUUGCUUUAGGUUUUUUGCAACUACUAAAUUCCGAGGUUAUUGAAAAAAAUUUGCAGAGUUUUAUUUUAUGGUCUACUUGGGAUUUGAAUCCGGUAUUUAUAGAUCUGCAUGCAUGCUUUUUAACUAGCUAAUCAACGGUUAUGAUAAGACGUAAGGUAAUAUAACAUUACAGUUUUAUUACAAGCUGUCAGCUGGUCAAGUAUAUUAAAGGACCGAUAGCCAAUGGGGUAGAUGAGUGGAGACCGCAGUUCGACAACACAGCAUAGUCUAACCAGCCAGGUGGACCGACGAAUUGAAGAAAGUGGAGGGACUCGAAUGAAUGCGGCGGGCUAAGAGAGUUUUGAUGCAGCAUAAGAGCACAAACCGCUAGUGUAUUUCUCCGCCGUACGAUGACGGGUCACACGAGUUUAGAGCAUCAGUAUUUUAUUUGGAACUAGCUGACCCGCCUCACAGACGUCCUGUUAAAUUUUCACUUAAUACAAAAGUCACAUUUCAAAAAGUUUCCCAACUUUAUGGAAAUUAAAUUUAUUUUAUCGUAUGAUUUAAGUAUGUUAUGGAUGGUCUAUAUCAGCUAAGCUGUGGUUAUAAACAUUUGUGGAGUUGAAAUGACUUUUAAUUAAAUAAACAUAUAUU